CAAAGGCGAGUCGAGGGCGGCGUCGCGGCGGCCGGGGUCGUUGGGCAGAGCCCGUCGGCGCUCCCCGCGAUGGCCUCGUCGGUGUUCUGCUGCCUGCGCUGCUGCCGCGACGGCGGGACGGGCCACAUCCCCCUGAAGGAGAUGCCGGCCGUGCAGCUGGACACGCAGCACAUGGGAACAGAUGUUGUCAUUGUGAAAAAUGGAAGAAGAAUAUGUGGAACUGGCGGUUGUUUAGCCAGUGCACCUUUACAUCAAAACAAAAGUUACUUUGAGUUCAAAAUUCAGUCCACAGGAAUCUGGGGGAUUGGCGUUGCAACUCAGAAAGUUAACUUGAAUCAAAUUCCUCUUGGGCGUGAUGUGCACAGCCUAGUGAUGAGAAAUGAUGGAGCCCUGUACCACAACAAUGAGGAGAAGAACCGACUGCCAGCCAACAGUCUUCCACAGGAGGGAGAUGUGGUGGGUAUUACAUAUGACCAUGUAGAAUUAAAUGUAUAUUUGAAUGGAAAAAACAUGCAUUGUCCAGCAUCAGGUAUACGUGGGACAGUAUAUCCAGUUGUUUAUGUUGAUGACAGUGCUAUUUUGGAUUGCCAGUUCAGUGAAUUUUAUCAUACUCCUCCACCUGGUUUUGAAAAAAUAUUAUUUGAGCAGCAGAUCUUCUGAAUGUACCUCUUUUUUGCAACUUGUAUUUCUGCAGUGUUUCAAAUGUUUACCAUUUAAUAAAGCUUUAUCUGACCUAUAAAUAAAAAUAUACUCUUAAAAAUAUGCUUGUAAUGUUACUCAAGGAACAAGGUAUAGUAUAGUCACUGUGUAUACCACCUGGAAGUUGUCAUUUGAAAUACUUAACAUUUUGAGAUAGGAAAUCAGCAUUUUGGGUGGUCUGUUUAAUUCUUACUUAAAUAUAAAUAUGAGUUUGAUUUAAAGCAUUCAGUGCAAAUAUUGUAUAAAGAUAUUUAAAAGGAAAUAUUUCGUAUACCGGUACAAAAUAUUUGUUUUGACAGAGAUGCACAGUUGGCUUGGCUUUUUAUCAUUCUCAAGUUUAAAACUCAUUGUUUUUAGUUUGCACCUUAGUAAUGUUUUGUCUUGAUAUCUUUUUUUAUAUAGUAUAACCAAGUGUCAGAAAUCUAUAUGUUGGAAACUUAAUAUUUGGUAAUUUAUUUAUUGUGUGAUUUGCUACCUAACCUUCAAGUUGUAUGUCGUUGCUUUUGAUUUGCUUUAUGAAAGGAGGUAAAUGUCUCAAUAAUUGUCAGCAUUUUGUUGAAGACCAUUAUGCUGUGUUACUGCAAAAUCCAAAAAAGAACUGAUUGAUUAGUGAUGUAGUUACACACUGGUGGUCAGAAAAUGUGUAUGAUAUUGUAAACUUUGAUGUAAAUGAGAUUAUUCUUUUAAAAUUUUUAUUUGCAUUUGUUAUUUUUUGUAAGAACUAAUAAAAUAAUAGUAAUUAA